AUGGGGUCAGAUGAGGCCUACAACUUUGUCUUUAAAGUGGUUCUGAUUGGAGAGUCUGGUGUCGGAAAAAGCAACCUGCUGUCCCGUUUCACCAAGGGGGAGUUUGACCACAAGAGCCACACCACCAUUGGCGUGGAGUUCAGCACCCGCACGGUGCAGCUGCAGGGCUUCGCCAUCAAGGCCCAGAUCUGGGACACGGCCGGUCUGGAGCGGUACCGUGCCAUCACGUCUGCGUACUACCGAGGGGCUGUGGGAGCUCUGUUGGUCUACGAUAUCACCAAACAUGUGACUUACGAGAGUGUGGAGCGCUGGCUGAAGGAGUUGUACGACCAUGCGGACCCCCACAUCGUGGUCAUGCUGGUGGGAAACAAGACCGACCUGGCUUCAGAGAGGUCUGUGCCCACAGAGGAGGCCAUAGACUUUGCAGAGAAGAAGGGACUAUUAUUUCUGGAAACCUCAGCUUUAGAUUCAACAAAUGUUGAAGAAGCAUUCAACAGUGUUCUCACAGAGAUUCACGGGAAGGUGGGCAGUAAGCGGCUGACCCGCGGCUGCAUCGGCGCUGUGUCGCUGGGUGGCCAAGUCCCCAGAGCCAACGCCAUGGAGGAGAGGAAGCCCUGCUGCAGGAACAUUUGAUACGGCACACCUCCGUGACGGAGAAGACCCUUCCCCACAAGCCCCUUCUACAGCCUGCAGACGAACAGGCCACAAUGCAGCAGGUGCUGGAACAGGCUGCAGCGGUGCCGC